AUGAGCAGUUUGACUCUGGCAGGCUAUGGUCAUGGUUGGCCCAGCUGUGCUCCAAGGCGAGAUAUACUGGGACUAAGUUCAGGUCAGAAGGAGACAGGGAAGGAUAACAGGCAGAAUAACAAGACAAGAGCUACAAACUCUGAUUAUGAAUCCUCUUGGGAACACUUUCAGUGGCUGACUGAGAAAUGGGGUCCUUGUUGAAGUGAGGUGGCCUUGGACAGCAUGGCGACUCCUCAGAGCAGCUCUGUCUCUUCAUCUCCACUGAGCACUCGAAUGCAGUGUCUCCAGAUCGACUCAGUCCAGCGUUGGAUGGAAGAUCUCCGACACAUGACGGAGGUGGAGUGUAUGUGUGUCCUCCAGGCAAAACCUAUUGGGGUGGAUGACGACGCUCAGCAUGGAGAGUUGAUUGUUGCCUCUGGAGUGGGUGCAGGGGACCACGUAGCCAGAAACAACCUACAGACACUCCUGCGCCGAGCGCUGGUGGUCAGUACUGAACUCGGCAAGAUGUUCCAGAGGCUGGAGAAAGGACGCUGGCAGAGGGUGCACAGCACGGCUGUCCGAGCCAACUGCCACGUGCGCUCGCUGGUGCAUGAGUACAGUGCUGCCCGGAGUACACCGCCUGAGAUGCAGAAGUAUGAGAAAUCUCUACUGGAAAAGUGUAUGGAGCUGACCAAUAUUACAGAGAGGUGCCUUCACACUGAUGAUGAGUUCUUCCUGAAGUCCAUGAGGGAAGCAAUCCAUGAGAUCCUGACUGAUGUCAGUGAUUCUUUUAGCACCAUGAUUGACAUGGCUUUAGCCAAUGAGAUCAGGGUGCUGAUCAAACAGAUUGAGUCAUCGGACAGUGUACACACCAUUGCCAGUGCCAUCAGUAACCUGCUGUCUCUAACCCAGGAUGGACCCCAGCUAUGUAAUAUCAUUGCAAAGGAAGGAGCUGUGGUGGCCCUGUUUAAGAUCUGCAGGCAAGACCGCUUCAGGGACCUGUACGCUCAUGCUCUGAGGACAGUGGCCUCUAUCUGUUGUGUGGAGGAGGGCAUCAACCAGCUGGACAAGGUGGACGGCAUUCUGUGCCUGGCGGAUAUCUUGACUGACGAAAACAGCGUGGAGGCAGCCCGGGCGGAGGCGGCGGCAGUCGUAGCUCAGAUCACCUCACCUCACCACGCUUCCACACAGCACCUUGCCAGCUUCUUGGAGAGCAUGCACGACAUCGUCACUGCCCUCAUCAAGUUGUGUGAGAGCGCCUCCUGUGGUGAAGUGUUCCUCCUGGCAUCUGCUGCUUUGGCCAACAUCACCUUUUUUGACAGCAUGGCCUGUGAGAUCCUCCUUCAACUAAAUGCCAUCCACAUCCUCUUUCAGGCGUGUCGGGACCGCCAAAGAGUUGACACGCCUUACUCCAAAGACCAGGUGGUGACAAUCUUGGCAAACCUGUCCGUCUUAGAGCAAUGUGCUUUUGAAGUCCUACAAGAACAAGGAAUAGAGCGACUGCUUCUGCUGUUGGGAGAAAAGCCAUCAUCCUCCAGUCCAUCAGAGGGCGCUGCGUGUGAGCGUGUCCAGCAGAAAGCAGCUGUUACACUGGCACGUCUGAGUAGAGAUGCUGAUGUCGCCCAGUCGGCGAUUAAGUUAAAAGCUGUUCCUCGCCUUAUUGAGCUGUGUCGAUCCCCUACUGAGAGAAAUAACAGCGAUUCAGUUCUCGUAGCUUGCCUGGCGGCUUUGAGGAGGCUGGCAGCGGGGUGUCCUGACAGUAUCGAAGCGGCCGACCACCUGCAACUAAUCAAACCGCGGCUGGUCGACUCUUUCCUGCUGUGUUCCAACAUGGAGGAGAGCUUUGUAUGACAGUGAACUCAUGCACAAGCUCCUGUACUUCACCAGGACUCUUUUAAAAAGUAUUUAUGAGAAGUUUGAUUGUACUGGGUCAGUGUCGAGGGUUAGUGCUGCUUUUGUCCGAGACGGCCCGUUAUGUGAUGUUGGUCUGUCUGUGUGCAACUAUAAAUGUGCUGUAAUGAUAAACCAGCAGUUAAUAAUUAUACUGAAGCUCAUUAGUUCAUUUUAUUCAACAUCAGUAAUGAUUUUUUUAAGAAAAUGAAUAUGCUUUAUAUGCUACAGUGGUGCAUUUUUUUGUAGUUGUUCUUAUCUGAAUAUUUUUGUUAUGUGAACAACUGUGGUUAAAAGACAUUUAUACAAAAUGUGUCCAUAAAAAACACGAAAAAAAAUCUGUUAAUUUUGUCUCAUCUGAAUAUGAAAGUGUGUUUAAAGUAAAUUUCGUCUUAGUGUUUUAAAUGAGCAGCCAGUUUAUUUGAAGAGCCAAUAACAUAUAAUAUUUAACUGGUUAAUUAUUACAUGUUUAUGGUUUAUUAAUUUAAUUAAACAAUCUUGUCAUCAACAUUUGCAUUUUAUCAUGUUGACAGACACAUGAACAAAUGUAAAUUUGCAUUGCAAUUAUUUUGUUUUUCCUGCUGUUUAUACUGUUAAGAUUUGUGGAAUUAUUCUUUUAUGAGAUAUUUGUCGGUAAUCUGCUUUGCUAACAUGGUCUUUCACAAACACCAGCAGAUGGAAAUAUAAAAAAAAAAUGAAUUUCAUUUAAAGAGAAUUAUGGGUAUUAUAGGACAUGCAUGAAACAUUUAUUAUAUGGUACAUUUCAUACAUAUGAGUUAGUUUGUCAUUGAUGUGACUUCAAUAUAAUUUGGCUGACAAAUUAUCAAACGAUUAAUGUGAAUAGUGGUUGACUAUAUCUGUACAAAACAUACUGAUAUCAUAUGCAAAUGUGUUAAUGCUCCUCUGAUUACUUUCCAUUCAUGUAUGCGUGAACAUGAAUAUUAUGAAAACAUGGUACCAACCAUUUUAAUAGUCAAAGAAAACUCUGGAGCUUUAGCACCCACAGGAAAUGUAUAAAGUGGCAC